UGGUCGUGAUCGACAUCGUGGUGAAUCCAAUCGCCGACCUACAUAUGACUCUCUGUCAGCCCAAUUCAAUUUCCCCUUAACUUCCGCAGUUCCAGAGCAUCAUCCGAAAUGCAAUUCUCCUCUCUCAUAUCUCUUUCCCUUGUCCCAUUGAGCCACGCCAUCCCCGUCAUCUACAUUGCUGGUGACUCCACCACCGCACCCGACGGCGGCCACAAUGGUACCCAGGGCUGGGGUGAAUACCUACAAUAUUCCUUCUCUGCCAACACACGUGUGAACAAUUCUGCGUACGCGGGACGGUCUGCGCGUUCCUUCACGCGCGAAGGCCGCUUUGCAGCGAUCGCAGAGGCACUUGUGCCCGGCGAUUGGGUCAUUAUCGAAUUCGGCAUCAAUGAUGCCGGAAUUCCACAGAACGGGAGUACAAGUACGACGGGAGACAAGGGAAGGGUGGACUGUCCGGGUAGUGGAGAGGAAGUUUGUGUUGUCACUUACAACAACGUGACCGAGUACGUGCAGACGUUUGGCACCUAUGUGAAGAACGCAUCGAGAUUGUUUCUGGAAAAGGGAGCAAAGCUUGUGAUCUCGGAGAGACUGCCUACAAACUCGUGGCAGACCGGGGAGUUCAAGUUUACGCCGAGUGUGUAUGCGUAUUAUAGCAUGCUGGUGACUCAGGAGCUUGGUGGUCCAAAAGCGGGCGUUUACUUCGUUCAGCAUGGACAGUACGCGGCGCAGGCGCAGAAGUUGCUUGGGAAGGAUAUUGUGAAGGCAAACUAUCCGAUGGACAACACUCAUCCGGCACCGUACCUGGCUGACAUCUUCCACCAGGCUUUUGUUUUGGGUCUGAAGUGCGGUACAAGCCCGCUUGCAGAUCUGAUAGUAAAUGCUACAGCUCGUAUUGAAGGACCUCUACUGGGUACUUGUAUCCAGGCGAAUGCGACACUGCCCAUUUGA